UGUGAUUUUUGUAACCUGACUGUAGAAAGCAAUAAAAAUGGUGUGCCUGAAGUACUAUUGAUUUGUAAAGAUUGUAAUGCUAAAGCACAUCCAUCAUGUAUGGACUAUUCUGAAGAGUUAUCAAGAAGAGCAUGUCAGUCACAAUGGCAGUGUAUUGAUUGUAAAACAUGUUAUAUGUGUGAUGAAUCAGGAGAACCAGAUCUGAUGUUGUUUUGUGAUGGUUGUGAUAAAGGAUAUCAUAUGAACUGUCAUCAGCCUCCUGUAUCUGAUAAACCAUUGGGUAAAUGGGUGUGUUCAGAAUGUGAGAUUGAAGGUGUAUCUGUUGAGAUUUUAGAACUACAAGAUCGAAUGCGAACAAAUAAUUCCUUGCAUAAUGACUGUUCAAUUAAAUUUUGUAGAUUAGCAAAUCCUCCAUUAUUAAAACCUAAAGUGUUAUCUCGAGAUCCACGAUUGGAUGGUACUUUUUAUCCUGAUGCCUCUGAGUGGACAAUAGAUGAUGUAGUUACUUUUAUAUCUUCUGUUGGUUUUACUGAACAGUCUGAGGCAUUUAAAGAACAGGAAAUUGAUGGCAAGUCUUUGCUCCUAAUGAAAAGAAGUGAUGUUUUAAUUGGUCUAUCCCUGAAACUAGGACCGGCAUUGAAAAUCUAUAAACAUGUACAGAAAUUACAGACAGCAAGUGAAGAUAUUCGUUAG